UUCGCAUCCCUAUUAAUGCCUUUAUAUCAAAAGUGUAGUUGUGAAGAAACCGAUAACCCAAAAAGUUUCAACUUAUUUAGUCUUUUCUGUUUUCCAUUUCUCACAGAUCGAACUUUGAAAUCUGGUUUACCCAAAACAUGGAAUAAUCAGCAAACAAAUGACAAUCAAGAUGGCGAUUCCAGUGUAUUACAAAGCUCUUCAAAUCCAACAAGUGAAUCCAAAAUUGCUCAGUUGCGUAAAAUCAUGUACAUUUCAAUAUCAUCCUCAGCCAAUGUGGGUACAACUACAACCUUAACAAGUGGCGGACCCAAUUUGGUCUUAGCUUAUGUACUAGACGAGUGGUAUCAUGAAAGGACUUCAGUUGACUAUCUGAACUGGCUAAUGUUUGCUGCUCCUGGUUCAUUGUUGACCAUCCUGUUGAACUGGAUUAUAUUCAAAUAUCUCUAUCUGAGAAAACAUAAAGUAUCAAAGACCAAUUCAAAAGCAAAUAAUGUCUUACAAGAAAAGUAUAAACAACUUGGAACUUUAAGCUAA